GCAUUCAAGAAUGCUGAUGUGAAUUUUCCGUACAGCAUAAACCCCAGGAGCCGAAAAGUAGGGAAACGGUCAGUCGUAUUUCGAUCUUGGAGUUACAUGUUGCCAAUAGUCGCCGGACUUAUAUUGGAGGUUAUAGGAUAUUUGGGCCGCAUUCUUUUACACGAUAAUCCAUUCAGCUUCGAUGCUUUCUUGAUGUAUUUGAUAUGUCUUACCAUUGCUCCGGCAUUCUUCACAGCUGGCAUCUAUCUAUGUCUCGGCCGUAUUAUCACUGUUUACGGCGAGGAAUUCUCACGCUUAAAACCAAGGACGUAUACCUACCUAUUCGUGUCUUGCGAUCUGAUUUCCCUUAUCCUGCAAGCGGCCGGUGGAGCCGUCACUUCAAGUGCCGAUGAUCAGUCACUUCACGAUACUGGUGUCAACAUCAUGAUUGCUGGACUGGUCUUUCAAGUUGCAUCCUUGAUAGUGUUCUCUGUUCUAGCGAUUGAAUAUGGAGUCCGGGUUUUACGAGGAAGACGCCAGCAUUCUCCUACUCAGGACCGGCGGGCAAGCUGGAUGAGGAGAUCAUUCUUGCUUGGCUUAGCAACUGCUGUUUUAACUAUAUUGAUUCGAUCUGCCUUCCGAGUGGCUGAGCUCCAGGGUGGAUUUCACAGUAAACUGGCCAACGACGAAAUAGCGUUGAUGAUCCUCGAAGGUGCCAUGGUUUCAAUUGCGUGUAUUUGCUUGACUGGUUUGCAUCCCGCUCUUCUUGUGGGCAAAAAAUGGAGGACGCUUCAGACAAUUGCACCGGGCUCUGAAGUGGAGAAAUAG